AUGGCACGAAAACGGACGGUCCUUUAUACCACGCCCCUUAUCUAUCAUCGGGCAUUCUCCAAAGCUACAUCUGGCACGUUGUCGCUAUUGCGCCCAACACCAUUAGCAAUGGAAGAGCCUCCGCAGGCUUCGCCAUUACGCGAAAACCAAGAAAUUGAGUCAGAUAACACAAGCGAAGUGCUGGAUACAUUUGUGUUCUGUGGUCUCAUUCUUAGCACGGGUCUAUUAUGGGAGUUCCCAUUCAAAGCAAUUGCUAACGGCGGUGCUUAUUUCUUAGUUAUAUACUUGGUUGCGGUUUUCAUUUUUCUCUUCCCACUACUCCAUCUAGAGCUUUUUGUUGGGCAGCAUCAUCAAUCAAAUGUAGUGAAAGUGUUCCGAAGCUAUGGCACCGCUUAUCAAGGUUUUGGGAUAGUUGUUUUAAUCUUGACAUUCAUGAGUUCACAGUAUAGUGUCCAAGCAUCAUACGACUUAUUUGCUCACAUUGGAAACAUGCUUGGAGAUGCGAAGAACAUUAUAAGCUGCACAUCUGAUCGAUACAAAGUUUUUGAAACUUGUAUAUCCCUUUAUGACGAAGAGCAGUGCAGAAAUGAGGGACGCAAAACAUCUGCCAACAUCACCAGAACUGAAGCACUUCUUGAAGAGCAAAGCUACUAUCAUCGAGAAGGUUCGUGUACGCCAAAACGUAUGCAAAGAGAAGAACUUCCUGGUUCACUGGCAGGAUACUACCGCUUUACAAUUUCGUUUCCCGGUUUCCAAAGUUUUCACAAACAGCGUCUUUUCACAUACAUAUCGAUGUAUUGCAUAUUUGCAAUUAUUGUCCUUCUAAAAAUGGCAUAUAUACGCAUACUUAUUGCAUCGUUGUACGGGAUAUUCGUAAUUCUUUUUCUUUCCUGCAUUUUCGCAUUCUUUUUGAUUACCGAUUAUGGCCUUUUCGCCGAAACUUUAUGGAGGAUUAAUACUCCAGAGUCGCUUCUGACAUUUCAGACCUACUCGGAAGCAGUACGAAUGGUUUUCGGCAGCGGUGGCGUGGUUUUCUUUGGUGUGAUGUCAGCAGCUUCGUUCAGAAGCAAAACUGGCAAUACAUUUCGGCUUUCUUUUAUUAUGGUGAUAAGUAAUAUCGUUAUCAGUUUCUUAAGCUUCGUUGCAACACUUAGUAUUGUUGCAGUUAUAAGAGAUAAGCAAUAUGCAGGCGAAAAUAUUAUACCAGAGAGAAUCGCAGAAGUGUUUGCUCUAGGAUAUUUGACAGAAACAAUUUAUUACAAAAUGGACAAAUUAACACUGGCAUUAGCUUACUCCGUCGCUGCUGUAAUUGCCAAACUUCUACGUUUUUUUGCACUAGUUAUGGUGGUUUCAACCUUUAUUCGUGACCGCUAUCACGACAGUCAGCAUCAAUGGUCUAAAAUGAUUUGCGCAUUGAUCACAACAUGCAUAAUUACUUUCCUAGUUACAUCUAUAAGAAGUUCGUUGGAACUUUGGCCCAUACUUCAUGGACUUUUUCCUGACACAGUUAAAGCGUAUGAUUUCGUUUUACCAACAGCUAUGAUACUCAUCUUCGUGGUUUUUUACGGAGAAUUUGAGUAUACGGUCGAUAUAUCUGAGGUAUUUCCUGAAAGUGAUUCCCGUUCUUUUCUCAUCAGACCGUCAGAUUCUGUGUUCAUCAGUCUAUACAAUAGACUGCCAUAUUUAAUCAUUUUUAUGGCCGUAGUAAAUAUCAACUAUGUGGAAGAGUAUCGGAAAGUGACUUGGAUUGUAUAUUUCGUCUACAGAUUCCUCGUUUAUUUCAUAGCAUCUAUUAUAGUCUUAUCCUUUUUGAUUAACCUUAAACGCGCUUGGAAGAAAGGAGAGUGGUCAUUCUUGUUUUCCCCUACUCCUGAACAUCCAUCCUACCAUCGUAUUCGUUUCCAAGAAAGCCUUGAACAGGAAUCCAUAACUGUACCAAAAGAAUUGUUGAAAGCUAUACAGAGUGCAGAAAAUGAAGAAGAUUUGAAAACUGCGCCACCGCCUGAUGAACCAACGACGGACGUGGAUAAAAGUGCUGAAAAUGUGGCGGGAAAGCCACAACCGGGUUCUCUUCCUGUUGACACAAAAUUGAAACAAAAGUCAACUAGAAUCACUCCACAAAAGGAACAAAUCAAAAUACAAACUGGUGGAAAACAACGAAUUCCAUUAUCAAAAGAAGCAUCAGCAGAGUUAGCACAGCUAUUAAAAACAGGAAUCGAGAGAAAAAAGUAA